UCGCUUGACCGAACUCUACUCCAUUCUCCUACAAUUGCCGGAGGCUGGCAUUCAUUUUUUGGUGCCAUCUGUUCAGGAUCGGUCUUACGCGCUGAUCUGCUAGAGCUUGCAAUCUGCCGUGUUGCCCUGCUUAACCGAGCUUGGUACCAAUAUGACGGCCACAUAGCGAUGCUACACCGUUGUGAAGGAUUUGGCUCGGCAAAAAUGAGCGUGUUGGAAACGCUGCAGCCGUCGGACAGAGGACUCCUAAGUCUCGAUCAAUGGGCUGUCCUUAGAUAUGCCGAUGCCAUAACAAGAAAUAUUGCAAUAGAAGAUGAAAUAUUCGCGGAACUGCAAAACUCAGGCCUCAGCAGCAGAGAAAUUGUGGAACUCACGGUAGCUGUGGCGGCAUACAAUGGUGUGAGCAGAUUUCUGUUUGCAUUAGAUGUAGGGGAGAGAAAU